CUAAAAACAUAAAUAAAACAAUUUGAUUUUCGGAGAUUUUUAACAAAAUUUGCAAGUAAAUAUUCAGAGCAUUUUCCAAUUUUGUAACCAACCUGGACCUUUAGCUUAGAAGCUUUACCGAAUGGAGUCCAAGUUACUUGAAGUAUCGCCAGAGGGCCCUUUGACCUUCUCCACCGCCAAGAACGCGCAGGAACUUUUCAUCACGAAUGUGAGCGGCGAUGCGGUUACCUACAAGCUCCAAAGCACUGUGUUUGGAAAGUUUAGUAUUCGGCCACGCUGGGGCGUCUUGAGGGCAAAGGAGCAGAUCCAAGUUAUGGUCUCGAUGAGCCGGGAGGCGGAGCUCUCGAAGAAGGGCCGCGACAAGAUUGUCAUUCUCUGCAUGAAGGCGCCCAUGAAUGAAGUGGACUACGAGGCCACCGCCUCCUUCUGGCGGCGCAAUAUCUGCUACAAUCCGCGGGUCGAGAAGCAUCAGGUCAUCUGCCAGGAGGACAGCACUGAGCUUAAGGAUCACAAGCAGGAAGCGAGUCAGUCCAAGGCAUCGCUGCGCACUGAGAGAAAGAUCUGGCGGUAGUCUGGUCCAUAACUGCUUCUGGUCCUAAUGGCCACAAUGACUCGGUAAUUGGUUAGUCGUCUUACCCUCCAAGCAUAUGUACCUCAAUGGCCCAACAAUGUUGAUGAUGAGCCUUCAUUAAAAACUGAACUGAAA